UUUUGAACACGAUGUCUACCUCCGAAGCAGCAAUGCAAAAUGCAGAGUUAAGUAAAGCUCACGAAGAGGUUGAUGUAGAAAACGGUGCUUCAAAUUUGAAGCGGAAGAGAGCAUCUUCCCUCAAUGGUCGGUCCCGUCAUCAGUGGAAGUUAUGGCUCUUGAGGAAUUAUACUUAUUCACAAGGUUGCCUGACAUUGCUUAAUGAAAUUGUGGAACAUGCUGCAAGAGAGAGAGACAGCCUGGGAAUAGAAAUCUCUGCAAGUCGUCAAUUUUUUGGGGAACUCAUUAAUCUUUUGUGGGGUGAUAGAGUCAAGAAAGUCAAAAGAGGUCAAAGAAUUGAUAGAAAGGCCUAUGUGCUGAAUUUAACUCAAAAACAAGGACAAACUGUGCAGCCUCCAGACUAUGAUGUGACAAAUGAUUUUGAACAGUUGGCUAAAGAUGAUACAUUCAUGCUACCAACAGGUUGGUUUAAGGUUGUGGACAAUCCUUGUAGAAUUUGCUUUAUACAUCCUGAGCCUUGGGAAUUUGGAAACCAGCGGAUUUAUAAAGAGAUUGUGAUGGAAUUAUCUCCCGAGAAAAAUGUAUCUUACUCUGUCAAGUCUCGUUCGUGUGAGCUCCAUCUGUCCACCCUGAAUAUUGAAAGAAUUGUCAAAGAGCUAACUGUGCAUGAACAAGCUAAGCUUGUAUUGGAUUUUAUAGACACUUCUAAAUUAUGUCUGGGGUGCAGUCUUUCUGAUGAUGACUCAAGUGUGUCUCCAAUUCUGCAUCAAACUGGAGUCCUCAAAUCUUUAAACAACAGUGAAGUUCCAAUGCAAAAUAGAGCUUUUUCUUCAAAGUGUCAGUUGUUUGUCUGUCAUGCUGGGAAACCUUGUUCCAAGUGCACUGGUGUCUCUUUGAGUUACAAGAGAAGGAAAUGCAGAAGAGAAGCAAGGGAAUCCAUUCACAAGCAUUGCAACAAAAGAUAUCUCACAAAAGAUGAAAUACUCCAACAGUUGCAAGAGCAGAGAAAAUUGAAUAGGAAGCAUGAUCAAGAAGAAGAAGGUGAUCAAAAUUCAGGAAGUGAGGAUGAAAAAAGCAAUUCAAAUAGUGAUUCUGGAAAUGAAGAGGAGAAAGAGUAACUUGAAAUAUUAAAAUAAGACUUACCAUUUUGAACUUCUUCUGACGAUCAUUGUAAAUGUUUUUGUUUGAGUUGGAAAAAUGUUACACAUGUAAUGAUUUUCAUUUUGUUUACUGCCAUUUUGGAUUAGGAUGAUUGAGGAGGCCUAGAUGGAAUCCUCAAAAGCCAAUGAGGAGGUGAUAGAAAAAAGGUUAUUUUGACUUAAUUGGCAGCAAAAGUUGCUAAUUUGGUGUCUUGUAUACAUUGAUGUAGAAUAAAGUCUCUUAUUACAAAUCUGCGAUAACAACUGGAAUGGUCCAAUACCAGCAGGAGCAUCUUACCAUUUGACUUUUAACUGUGGGUGUGAAUACUUGCCUUGAGAUUAGUUAAAAAGCAGUUUGUCAGCAAGGAACUUGUUUCUUUGAAAAACUGGUUCAUGAAUAAUUGUGAUUCCACAAAACUGAUUACAAUGAAACAACUACAACAACAACAAGCAUUGUAAUUUUGAUAUGUGAGGGCUUCUUGAUCAUGAUACUAAUGAACUUUUACAAAAUCCAAUUGU